AUGGUUGGUUCACAUGAUUCGGGAACGUGUGACUGUUGUGGUACAUCCAGUGGUGGCAGUACCGAACGCAGGCAACAACAACAGCAGCUACAGCGGGCACAUUUGCAACCAUUGCCGAUACAACCAAUAUUACCAGCGGGCCCACCACCUCAAGCUGCAGCGGCUGCCCAACAACGUCAGCCCCAGCAGCAACAACAACCUGCUGCCGGUGGCGCCGCUGCUGCAGAUAAUCCAAGACCACCUGGCCAACAGGCAAGACCCCCACAACAACAACAGCAACCACCACAACAUGUACAAGAUCAACAGAAUAAUAAUAACAACAACAAUAAUAAUAACAAUAACAACAACCCGCCUCCUGCACACGUCAAUCCACAAAAUUUGGCCCAACAACGUAACAUUGCCCAUUACGUCAAUCAAGUUAAUCUCCACUUAAAUUUGACCAACAACACCGGAACAGGCGCCCCCCAGCAGCAGCAGCAUCAACCACCACCGGCCCAGCACCAGCAACCGGCACAUGCUCCACCUCCACAAUUGGGCCGCGAUUAUGUCUACAAUAACAAUAAUAAUCACAUUUAUGUCAAUCCGCAUUCCUACGAUACGAACACUGCCACCAGUCUAACCAAUACCACAGCCUCACAAAACACUGCCACUGGAUCAACGGCCCAGGCGGUGUCAUUGCAGCAUACCACAGCCGGUGGCAACACUGGAGGAGGUGGUGGCCAUGGUGAUCAUGAAAACAACAAUGGCUAUGUCGGCGGAGGAGGUGGUGGUGGUUCAGAGGCCGGCGCUGUCGGUGGUGGUGGUGGUGGGGGAGAUCUAACACGCCAACACACUUCCACAACCUUGAGCACACUCAAUACAUAUCUCUUUCCCUGUGGUGCAGAUUCGGCCGGCACCAUAGGCGGUGUGACCUUUAAUGGCAGCCACUCUUGCGAUUUGGAUUCGAACUUCAGUCGCAUGGUUGCCGGCAGCAGUGAUGCCGGUAGUUCGACCAUAAGUUCUGGCUUGGGUUUUAUCAACAAGCGACGCAUAAAACGUCUCUUUGGUGUGGGUGGUGGUGGACCCUAUGCUUCGGCUUUACGUCGGCGCAGUUCACAUCUAAUACAAUUUCAAACUGCCGCCAUGGCUGCCAAGAAACAACAGCAACUGGAACGAGAAGCGGCCGUGGCCUCAGCCAAUGCUGCCUUCUACGAGCAACAGAAAAAGAAGAAGGAGAAGAAAAAACCACCAGGCCCAAGGCCACAGCAACAGAAUCAGAAUUCCCGACAAAUGGAAGAUCCCAUGAUGAAUCGUCCGCGGCGUAAUACCAACAAGAAGAAGGAUGAACCCAACCCCUAUGAACAGCAUCUGCAGGCUCUGGCCGAACAACAUGACAAGUAUUCACAAACAAACACACUCAAAACCCAAAACUCUUAUAUAUUUGCCUUAAUUUUCAAUAUGGCUUUAAGCAGCCAGUCUGCAGUACUCAGUAACAAUAUGGUCACAAUUACUGCUAAAGGCCCUGAUAUUGCUAUGACCAGUAAUGACUCCUGUCAUUACUCUGAUUUCAGCUUAACUCAGGUUCGACGUCAGGCACAAAACAAAACUACACAAAGUGAUGGUGAUUAUGAUUUCUGUGAUGAUGAUGAUGAUUCUUGGCACCAUGAUGGUGGUGAUGAUGAGGAUGAUGACGAUGACGUUGGUGACGACAAUCACGAGGACUAG